AUGUUUUGUCUACGGAGCUGGCUGCCGCUCCUCUUCAUUCCAACCAACGCCUCCCCACUCUUCAUUAUCUCCUUCGUCACCCUCACCUACGUCCUCCAUCGCCCCUGCAUCUACUGCUCCGCCCUGCUCCUGAUCCUCUUCAUCUCCUCCUGUCACUGGUCCGACCGAUGCUUCUUCGACCUGCGCGGUGACUGGUUCGCUCCUCGCUUCACCACCACCAGCGGCACCGUGCUCCCCGCCGGCUCCGACCUGCACUCGUCCUCCUUCUACUCCCCCGCCAAUGCCUCGAUGCUGGCCCCCUCCGAGACCCUGGCCGAGUACGUCUGGGAUACCGUCAACACUACGACCAAGGCCCUCGCCGGCGCCGUCGUCGACGAGGCGCAGCGUCGUCUCGCCCUGAACGGCACCUCCGCCGCCGCCGACGCUGCGGGCGGAAUGUCCGAUCUACGCCAGGACGAAUGGACCGGUAUCGGACUGGAGUGGUUGCGCAGCUUGCUGGGUCGACGCGAAUGGACCCUGCCGUGUGUGGAUGUCAAGAUCCGGUUAUAG